CACGUUUUCACGACUACCUUACAUUAUACAUACGCGAAAAAAAAGAAGAAAAUCAACACAUCCGACACAAGCAACACAUACACGGUCUUCCUUGCACAUCACCCAUAUUGUCUGCUGGCUUUCAGACUCCUGUCUCAUGUGGCUAGAACGCUCAUGCUCUUUUCUUCGCUGGUUUUUCGUUUUUCAAUCGCUCGGUUAUCCAACGUUAAUCUUUCCUCCCUCCCUCUCUCGCUUUUUGUUUGUUUGUUUUGCUCGAGAAAAUGAUAACAGUCAUGAUGUGAAUGGAUAUGAGUCUCUUUAUUUUCUCGUUUUUCUUGUUCGUUCCGGGGAUAUGAGGGGGUUGACAUUUGCACUUACAUGGAGAGGGGCGGGCGCGUUGCGCGCGAGUGGUAUGGAUAAGGGGGUUUUGUAUAUAUAGAUAUGCGUGUGACCCGGGGCAGGGGUUCAUGAUGAAUAGGAUCGGUAUUGCACGUGGACUG